AGGUUUUUGGGACGGUGCGCACGUACACCCCACCCACACGCAUUCCACAGGUAAUCCGCGUCAAUCGGUUUUUCUUCCUCUUCCUCUUUCUUUUUCGAAAAGCUCUCGUUGUAUUCCUUCCUUCGUUGUCGGCUCGCGUCUUCGUCUCGUUCACUUCUCCAGCUAUCGCGCGUGUUUCUGUUCACAGACCUCCUUUCUCUUAGUUUAUCUAUUUUUCUCUUUAGCACACCUACUUCACUCAGCUUGAAGCCGUCCGAUCUCUCUCGCUGCUCCCCUCUCCCGCCCCCCUACACGCACGCCCUCUCCGAGUUUUACGCUUCUCUUUAUUUAUCCUGUGUGUGUUUUACGAUCAUUGUUGAACGCCAGCAACGAUGCAGCCCGCCCAACCCCUGUGCGACCUCAACGACACCUGGGAGGAUGCCAUGGGCCUCUUCCAGGACUCCCUGAAGGGCGAGUCGACCUGGAGCUGCCACUGCCUCGACGGUGUGGACAAGGAGGUGAUCCUGUCCGCCCCCGAGAUCAUGGAUCCCAAGACGGACUCCGGCUUCGGCUACGAGAAGAUCCACUCCCUCACCCACCUGCUCAAGACGGGCGAGAUUCCAUCUGCGGCGACCAUUGACUCCGAGGCGGCGCUGCUCGAUGUGAUGGACUACAUCCACGUCAAGGAGUUGAACCACCUGCAGGGCUACUCUCUCACGCAGAGCUACCUCGACUUCCCCUACUUCCUCCGCAUGGACCUGCUGAAGGAGCAGAACGCCACUCUCCACGCCUACUGCCGCGGCGUGCUGCGCUCCCUCGACUGCGUCCUGCGCGCCGUCUUCUCCACGACCAACCGCAGCGAUGAGGAGUUCAUGCUGGUGCCGCCGGAACUGGACCGCCAGCCGAACUGCACCGUGGACGAGAUCAUCGCCGAGCUGGAGACGGCGGCGGCGAAGGCGUCGAGCCCGGCCGUGGCUGCCCGCCUGCGCUUCCGCAAGCACUUUGUGUCCGCCCUCUCCCUACUGCUGGACGCGAAGAAGAAGAGCGACGUCGAGGCCGGCUGCGACAUCUGCCAGGAAGCCCUGGCGCUGCUGGACGGGGGUCUUUACAAGCGCACGAGUGAGCCGGCACCGGCGGCGGCGCUGCUGCGCGAGAAGGAAAUCGCCUUCUGGGUGAGCGUCAUCACCCCCACCAAGGCGCUUCCCUCCACCAGCUUUGCGGAUGCCAUGGCCGCGUACCGGCAGAUGCUCCAGCAGCUCAUCUCCUUCAAGACCCUCGUGAACAUCGAGUCUCUUGCCUGCAUUGCCGAUUUCAUCCAGAAUUUUGGUGCCCUGUUGCCCUUGCUGCCGGUGCGGUCGCUCUGCGCCGUCGUGCUGUUCAGCAAGGACCCCAACGAGUCCUUCCUGCACGGACAGUCCCUGCACCGUCGUCUGCUGGAGACGCUAUCCAACAAGUACGGUGCCCCGCUUUAUCAGAAGGUGUUUGAGGGUGAUGAGGCGACGGUGGAUGGUGUAGUGAAGUACCGUGUGAAGCUGACGAUGGACCCGUCCAAGAUCACGCCGGAUUACUUUAUGUUCCUGCGCCAGCAGACCAUCGACACGAUGGCGCGCUGGACGCGCGAGGCGUGCAAGCUGUACCUUGUGUUUCUUGAGACGAUGCUGUGCAACCGCGGCCUGGCCCACCGCCGCAUGAUGAACCUGAUGGCGGACCUCAUUCGCUUCCAGGAGCAGUCCUACACGGCGGACCUCUCCAUCUUCUUGGCGAACGCGCCUGGAGUGUCGAAGGAGCUGGAGGCGGAGUGCAUCCGCUGCAGCACGGUGCUGACUCUCUUCUCCAACGACUACGUCCUGCGCGCGAUGGAGAUCAUCAUGAACUUCGAGGUGGAGCUGGACCUGCUCUCGCAAGGGGAGCUGGUGCCCGCGCUGUGGUACAUUAACUUUGCGCAGCGGGCGCAGGUGGAGAACCUGUCGGCGCUGGCGCUGCAGAGCACGCAGUUUAUUCCAAAGACGCUCAUCAACAAGCGCACGCACGUGCCGGUGCACAAUCUUGCGCUGACGACGCGCACGGUGGCGAAGAUGGACCUGGCCCGCGACGGCAUCCUCGACGCGUGCUGCUCUCUCUCGGACGCCACCUACCUCGCCGCCUGCCUCAUGGAGAAGAAGAACCUCAUUGACCUCGUAAGCGCGCCGAAGCACUCGUUGAUCAGCGUGGAGAACGUCUUCAACCACCGUCUGCUGCUGUGCUACGGUCAGCUGCGCAGCCCGCCGCUCCGCUCCUACGAGCGCUGCAUGAGUGGGCGGCCCUCGCUGGACGACGCCAGCAAGAUACCCGUGUACGCGAAGAAGGCGGCCGAGGUGGCCAGCAACGCGUCGGAGAAGCUGAAGGCGAUUCUGUCCACCAGCACGUUGGACGACGUCCGCAAGGGCACCAUCCGUCGCACGGCGGAGGGCCUGGAGAAGACGGCGCGCGUCGUGGCGGCCUCGCUGCUUGCCUUUGCGACGGCGUGCGAGAGCAAUGAGGAGCUGAAGGACUACUGCGCGACAGUGGAGCGUCCUGGUCUGCCGAGUGCGCUGACCUUUGCGUUCCACAAGAAAAAGGAGGUGGCCGCGUAA